GCUAUACAUCUCUCUCUCUCUCUCUCUCUCUCUCUCUCUCUCUCUAACAUUCUCUUCUUUAUGAAAUUCAUCUCAUACACACUGUUGUGCAUGUCAGAGUUUCUUGGAUGAAAGUCCAACUCAAUGAGAUCAUGAACUACAUGCUUUUCAGUUGUUUUCUGCUGUUGAUGGUAAACCUCUCAGUCGCAGCUGAUUUUCAAGUUCAGCAGAAGCCCAGGUUUUAUGGCGUCAAAGUGGGAACGCAAGUGUUAUUUAAAUGUUCUGCUUCUGAUCCCACCCUUGGUGAGGCAGUGAUGACGUGGCACAAGAUUGAAAAAUAUGAAGAGGACAAAGUGUAUAAUGGUCAAAUGCAUCAAAUUGAGAAUGACAGAGCAUCUAAGCUUUCAGGUCAAAUGAGGGGUCACUUAAGGAUCAUCAAUGUACAGGUCAAAGACAGCGGAAUUUACUACUGCAAGAUGAACCAGACUUGGGGACCUGGAACACAGCUACAAGUAUUCAGAUAUCACAAACGAGAAGUGGUUGAAUGGAGGAAUGACAUGAAAGACAUAAUCAUUUUGCUUCAGGGUUUCCUCCUCAUGGCGUGUAUAAUCAUUCCCUUGAUCUGGUAUUACAGACUGCAGCAAAAAGAGGAAGCUGUAUAUGAAGAGCCUGAGCAUGAUCAUACAUAUGAGGGUUUGGAGAUCGGGCACUCUGCAGACCUCUAUGAAGACCUAACUGCAUUUGUUCAAAACCCAGAUACAGAUGCAUCCUGGGAAAUUGAAUCUCCAGAGCAAGAGUGAUAAAGUUGUAAUGCAGAGUACAUAUCAUGUAGUAGAGAAAUUGAACUACAUUAUUUUUUUGGAGAAACAUUUUUUGUGGGCAGAAAAAUCAUGAUUACAUCAGAGCAAUACAUAUACAACAUAUAAAAAAUGAUGCAUAGUACACAAAGUAUUUUUUUUUUAUUUACAUCAUGUACCAUGCUUAAUUUUUCCUAUAUCCAUGCUAUAUAAUAUAUAAUAUAAUAAGCUUUUCAUUUGUGUAGUACUUAGUUACUUUUGUAUUCUUUUGUUUCAUUAAAUGGCAACCUCUGCUUUUUUUUUUUUAAUUCACCAGCUUAAGCUUGGUUUGUUGAAACUAUUCAUUUUAUGGUGCUCUGUAUAUUAGUAAUGAAAGUUGAUUUGUUUGUUUGUUUGUUUGUUUGUUUGUUUGUUUGUUUGUUUUUUCAAUACAAU